GUGGGUCGGGGGCUUGGCCUCUGCCCGGCCGCGGAGCCGGAGCAGGCGGUGGUGGCCGCUGGGGGUCCCGCCAGGCGAUCCUGUCUGGUGGCGGAACCCGGACGCGGCCCGGGUCGCGGGGCCCAGGAUGCUGAACGUCCCUUCCCAGGCUUUCCCGGCCCCCGGCUCCCAGCAGCGCGUCGCCUCCCAGGGGCGCAGCAAGGUACCUUUAAAGCAAGGCAGAAGUCUUAUGGACUGGAUUCGACUGACCAAAAGUGGAACAGACUUAACCGGACUGAAAGGCAGGCUAAUCGAGGUAACUGAAGAGGAGCUUAAGACACACAACAAGAAAGACGACUGUUGGAUAUGCAUAAGAGGGCUUGUUUACAAUGUCAGCCCCUAUAUGGAGUAUCAUCCUGGCGGGGAGGAUGAGCUGAUGAGAGCAGCAGGAGCAGAUGGAACGGAUCUUUUUAAUGAGGUUCAUCGUUGGGUCAAUUAUGAAUCCAUGCUGAAAGAAUGCCUGGUUGGCAGGAUGGCUGUGAAGCCUGCUGUUCCAAAAGACUGCCAUGAAGGAAAGAAAGUCUUAAAUGGCAUGCUUCCCAAGAGCCAAGUGACAGAUACACUGCCCAGGGAAGGCCCUAGUUCUCCAAGCUAUGACUGGUUCCAAACAGAGUCCUCAGUCACCAUUGCUAUAUACACCAAACAAAAGAAUAUCAGUUUAGACUCAGUAAUGGUUGACCUCCAGGGUGACUCCUUGAGAGCAGAAACUUUUAUCCAGGAUCAUUCUUAUCUUAUACAUAUUGGGCUAAGCCAUGAAGUUCAAGAAAAUUUUUCUGUACGGGUCAUUGAGAAUGUUGGAAAAGUAGAUAUUGUCCUGCAAAAGAGAGAAAAUAUUUCUUGGAAAUGUCUUGGUCAGCCCUUGGAGAAGCAUGAUUCCUUUAUCCCAAAGAAAGAUACAGGCUUGUCCUACAGAAGGUGCCAGCUGAUUUCCAAGGAAGAUGUUACUCAUGAUACAAGACUUUUCUGUCUGAUGCUGCCUCCAAGUACUCACCUUCAGGUGCCAGUUGGGCACCAUGUUUACCUCAAGCUCAGUGUCACAGGUGCAGAAAUAGUAAAGCCAUACACACCCGUGUCUGCCUCCUUACUCUCAGGCUUUAGAGAACCAGUUCCUCCCCCAAAUAAAUACAUCUACUUUCUGAUCAAAAUCUAUCCUGAUGGACUCUUCACACCAGAGCUUGAUCGUCUUCAGAUUGGAGAUUUUGUUUCUGUAAGCAGUCCCGAGGGCAAUUUUAAACUAUCUAAACUCCAAGAAGUAGAAGAUCUGUUUUUAUUGGCAGCUGGAACAGGCUUCACACCGAUGGUUAAUGUGCUGAACUACGCUUUGACUUGCGUGUCCAGUCUCAGGAAGGUGAAAUUGAUGUUCUUCAAUAAAACAGAGGAUGAUAUAAUUUGGAGAUGCGAACUAGAGAAAUUGGCAUUUAAAGAUAAAAGAUUUGAUACUGAAUUUGUUCUCUCAGCACCUUCUCCAGAAUGGAAUGGCAAACAGGGGCAUGUGUCACCAGCUCUUCUCUCUGAAUUUUUACAAAGAAGUUUAGAAAACUCCAGAGUCUUCCUUUGCAUCUGUGGACCAACACCAUUUACAGAUGAGGGGAUAAGGUUGCUGCAUGAUCUUAACUUUUCCAAUGAUGAGAUCCACGGAUUCACAGCAUAAUAAAACGCUGCCAUUGUCUUUUAUUCAACUAGUUUAUAUUUGUGAUCACCUAGGAUUUUUUUAAAAGAAUUUUUGUAUGUACGAAAGGUUAACCAGGCUUCCAUUUCCAGAAUGAAGUCGUGUGUCUUCAGUAUAGGUAACUUGGUUUAAUUUUGUACCGUGGCUUCUUUUACUACUGAUGCCUAACCCGGAACGUCAAUCAUGGCAGCAGACGCAUACAAACAAGAGCCUUUGUUAUGACCUGCAAGUUUUCCUUACCACUGAAAUUGUAUCACUGUUCUGCAAUAAACACUUGUAUUUUAUGACAUGAUAAAGUAAGUAAUCAUUUUGAUCACUUUCUAUGCUGCAAGAUGUCUUCUGAGCAAUAUAGAUUAAAUUUUACACUGUACUGUUUACUCAGGAAUUGAUGGUGUAUGUCACUAUUAUUAAAACAUGUAAUGCUGUAACUAUUGGUGAUCUAGUUCUGUGGGUGUCCAUGGCAUUGGUACAGAGUAGAAUAAAAUUAUACUCCCAUACUUUUAUUCUCUGUGUUAGACAUGUGACUGAAAUGGAGUGUCUGUCUUAAAGGGAAUUUUCUUUACUUAUUUGUUUAUUUUUUCAGAGUCUCACUUAGUAGCUUCGACUGGGCUAAAAUUUGCUAUGUAGCCCAGCAUGGCCUGAAACUUGCAGUGAUCUUCCUGCUUCUGCCUCCUGGUGCGUGCUCCAGGUGUGUGCUCCCAUGCCCAAGUUUAAAGGAGAUUUUAAAGACACCAGUAGAGUUCAAUAUCCAAGCCCCAGAUGGUAGAAGAAAACUAACUCCUGCAAGAUAUUCUCCACGUUCUCGGAGUGGCAGUGCACUCCCUGCCUGUGCACAUACAAAUCUAAAUAAAUAUAAUUUUUAAAAAUGUUUUAAGAUACCAAUAAAAAAUACUGGAAGUGCUUCCUUCACACUUGUAGCCUGGGACUAGGUGUAUAAAGAGCUUGCCAGAACCCUAGCAACUGUUUCUAAGCCCAGACCAAAGGUGUCAGCAAAGGUUGAAGAGUGGCAUCCAGCCCAUGGCCUGGGACAAUCGUUCAUCCUUCUGCAGCUCAUCCACACCGGCUGGGAAGAGGAGGAACAUUCUGUCCUCGGAGGUUCUCUCCAGGCUGGCUGCUUCUCCAGCAACUGGCAGAUGAGCAGGGAGCCCUGUUGACUCUGGUAUGGGCAGUCUUCAAAUCCUUCCAAGCCUGGAACCAAGCAGAGGAUGAAGAGCUUUCCAGAAGGACGUGUUGGAUGCAUAAAUGGCUGGUGCUCUCCUAAUCCACGCAGCAGCAGUGUUUAUACAGACAGAGCUGGGAGGAGUCCCUGGUUUUCCAUGAAUGGUUUUGUAAGUCGCUACCAUCUCUGAAUGAGUGCCCAGCACAUUAGCACUUCCCAAAGGACCGACCAGGACGCUGCAUGUGUAAUCUCUGCUGGCAAAUGGCUGCUUGAACACCCAUUCCUAUCCCUGUGUCUUCCUCUUCCCUCUUCCGAGGCUGGAGUCCAGCAGCUCAACUGCAGCCGUGCUGCUCACAGGGACUUCAGAUCCUUGUUACCCCUCAUCUCUUUCCCCUGGAAGGAGGUGUGUACCAUCUUCUUUUUUUUUCUUUCAGUAAUUCGUUGGUAUUUUGUCAAUUAACUUUCUUUCAUGAGUGCCUUGAUGUUCCAUCUCUUCUAAUCGUCUUUGUCCUCCACUCCUGUUCCGGUUCCCCUCUGCUGGAUCUCUUCUUUGUUCCUCUUUUUUUGUGCUUUAGAGCAAAAGAAAAGCCAGAAGCCCUGCAGAUAAUUUCUGCUCACAUAUUGGUUUGCACAUUAGUUUUUUAAAAAAAAGUGUGGUUUUUGCCCAUUUGUUGAGUGGAUAAUUUAUUUUUCAGGUGCUUUUUAUUUUAAAAAAAAUUCUUUGUCUAUUCUAGAUGUUAAUCCCCUGUCAGUGAAGUAGCUGGCAGAAAUGUUUUUCUCCCAUUUUGUAGGAUGCCUGACUGUCACCACUGAUUGUUCUGGUUGCUGUGCAGAAUCUUUUCAUUCCAUUUGGCAACUCUUGCUAUCAUUUUCUGAACUAUUGGAGUCCUAUUCAGGAAGCCCUUGCCUGUACUGUCAGUGUUUUCAGUGUUAAAUUAAAGCCUUUGGUUUAUUUAGAAUUGAUUUUCUGUGGUUUUUCUACAGCAGCUGUCUACUUUCCCCAGAAUCGCUGCCUUUUUCUUGGGUGUGUUUCUGGUGACUCUGUUGUAAAUCAGAUGUGUGUAGCUGCAUGGGUUUAUUUCUGGGACUUGCUGUGUAGGAAGUUUAAAGCCUACCAGGCAGAGUGAGCCAACCUGGAGUCUGCCUGGUACUGUCAGCGGUCCUCAUGCCUUGCCAGUGAGGGGCAACCAUGUGACAUCAAUGGAUCAGAAUGCCUGGGCGCUGGGAGGGUAUAUAAGGUUUUCCCUGUUGCUAAAUAAAUGAGUCUGCUGUAUUCCUUUCACCAGACUCUUGUCAUCUGUGUCGCUCAUGCAGGGCCUUCUCACCCCCCACUCAGGAAGACGUUAGGACCCAGCUACAUACGUGUCUUUUUUUGUGCUAAUAACAUGCUGGGUGUGUUACUCUAGUGCUGCAGUGUAGUUUUGAGUCAGAUAUUGAGGUGCUCUUGGCUAUUUGGGUGUGAUGGUUUGGAUGAGAAAUGUCUCCUAGAACCUCUGGUAUUUGAACACUUGGUUCCCAGUUGGUGGCACUAUUUGGGGAGGAUUGGGGUGUGGCCUUGAUGGAGGAAGUAUGUCACUGCUGGUGGUGACUUUGAGAGUAUAUAGCCUCACUCCAUUUCCAGCUCAUUCUCUAUUUUGUGCUUGUGGUUGAGGUUGAACUCCCAGCUUCCUACUGCAGCCGUCAUGCCUCCCGCCAUGAUGAACUCCAGCCCUCUGCAACCAUAAGCCAAAGUAAACCUUCCCUCCAUCAACUGCUUCUGGGCAUGGUGUUAUCACAGCAAUAGAAAAGUAACCAGUGCUUUGGGUACCUUAUGUACUUAGGAUUGUGUUGUCUAUUUCUGUGAAGAAUGUCGUUGGAAUGCUUGGUUUUUUUUUUUUUAACACAUUUUUGUUUUAAUUUACUGCUGCUACCAGAAAAGAUCACCACAAGCUUAAUGGCUUUAAACUGCAUGCUUGUGUCAUUUCCUGAUUCAGGGUGACUCACCUGGGUCCUCUGCAGAAGCCCAGGAAGGAUUGUGAGUCAGGGUGGGCUCUUCCCCAGAGGCUCCAAGGACAUUUGUUCUCCCAAACUCCUCCAAGUACUAACACGUGACCAGAGCAUCUCUCCCCCGGUCUGCAGGGCUCCUUGCAGCAGCAGUAGGACCGCCCUCAUUUCCUUCAUGGCCAGUUUGCUUCUAGAAGCUGCAUAUAUUCCUGCUGCUUUCCACAUGGCCUGCUUCCAGAACUGCCUGUGUCCUGCUCAGACACUGAAACUCUAAGUUCUUCCUGCCAUAGCUUUCUUUCCCCAGCCAGAGAAGACCCGUGGCUUUGAAAGAGCUCUUGUAUUUAGGACAGACCUACCCAGAUGAACAAGGUGGCCUCUCUACUUUGAAGGUCUGUAAUCUGUUUCCCCACGUAACAGAGCAUAAUCAAAGGUUGCAUGCCUUAAGGUAUUGGAUCUGAACUGUCCAUUGGU